AUGAGAUUGAGUUUAUGCAGAUGGGCGCGUCCACUCAGCGCAAACACACGACACGAUAAACUACUCAAGCUAGCGAACAAGUACCUCGAUGAGCGGCUGUCGUUGGUUGAGAAGUCAUCCGAUCUCGACAACAAGACGCUAGCAGUUCGAUCUCGCAGACUCAAGGAGCUUGAUACGCUGCCAGAUUUAUACAGCAGCUACCAGCAGUCGAUGGAUACGCUCCACACAACCGAGAAGAUGGCUUCUGACGAGCCGGACGAUAUUUUGCGCGAGAUGGCUGCAGCCGAGAUGGAAGAGUGUAGCGCAGUGCUUCAAUCCAACUACAAUAGCCUCACUGAGGCCAUUCUAGCCUCCAACGCUCACAGCCAGCUAUCACCCAAGGGAAUCCUACUAGAAUUGAAGGCGGGUGUAGGUGGUUCUGAAUCCGCUCUAUUCGUACAGGAUAUGCUCAAGAUGUAUACAGCAUUCAGCGACUCGCAACGCUGGUCAAGCUCCCUGCUCAGCACGACGUAUGUCAACAAUGAGGUCAGCGGCGCUAUCAAAGAGGCGAUUUUGGAAAUAAAAGGGACUGAUACAUGGCCCUUGCUCCGUUUCGAGAAAGGCGUCCAUAGAGUGCAGAGAGUUCCUCUUACAGAAACGCAGGGUCGCGUGCAUACUUCCACUAUAGGCGUCCUUGUUAUGCCUGUAGUGGACAAGAUGGCCGAGAAAGCCCUCUACGACGAGAAAGAUGUCCGGCUCGAGGUGAUGAGAGCGAGGGGUGCAGGUGGACAGCAUGUCAAUAAGACAGAAAGCGCAGUGCGAUUGACACAUAUACCCACAGGCAUACAAGUCAGUAUGCAGGAUACUCGCUCACAGCAGCAGAAUCGUCAGCGCGCUUAUCAGGUCCUUUCGUCGAGAUUACUCAGUAAGAGAAUGCAGGAUGAGAUCGAUGAGAGGAAGAAGGGUCGCAUUAGUCAGAUUGGGAAUAUGGAUAGAAGCGAUAAAAUUAGAACUUAUAAUUACCCACAAUCUCGCAUUACUGAUCAUAGAGUUAACCUCUCGCUCAGCGACCUCCAGUCUUUCUUCGAAAGCGGAGUGGGGCUGAGUUGGUUUGUGGAUCACCUCAAGACUGCUGAACAGGAUGCUUUGUUGGAUAGUCUCUUAGCGGAUGCAUAG